GCUAUAGGUUACUUUCUUUAUUUUCUUUUCCAUUUCUUCCUUGCCACGAUUUCGUGAUUAAUCCUUCCCUGAAAUGGAUGGACUGCGUUUGGAAGGCUUAAACGAAGACGCCAAUGAGAUGAGUGAACUCGAAGUCCAACAGUCUGGUUUUGGGAGGGGGGAGCGGCGCGAGUACCCACCGAGUCUGGCACUCAUGGACAGCAGUGACCCACGCGCCUGGCUCGCUCCCGUGCAGCCUGGCACCUGUGCGCCACACGCCGACUACCUGCUGCACUCGCCCGGCUCAAGUGUGGAAGGCGUGUCUCCACCAGCGGGUCACCUCUCCAACUUUAGGAAGAGCUCCAAAACUCCUGUCAAAGUGCGUGAGUUGUGUCGACUCAAGGGCUCGCUGACAACGGACGAUGGAAGGCAGAGAGCUCCGUCCAGCAAAUCCACCAACGGGGUGCAAAAACAUAGACGCCAGGCCGCCAACGCACGGGAACGGCGGCGUAUGCACGGACUGAACCACGCCUUUGACGAGCUACGGAGCGUCAUCCCGGCAUUCGACAAUGACAAGAAGCUCUCCAAAUACGAGACUCUGCAGAUGGCUCAGAUCUACAUCAACGCUCUGUCUGAUCUCCUGGAGGGUCCGGGUGCUAAAUCAGAUUCGCCAAAAAGCAGCGUGUCCUCCACCGUCUACGAGGGGGACAACACACCCAGUGGGUCGCCGACAACCAGAGUUUUCCCUGCCCAAUUAACCGGAAUGCCAUUCCCCUAUGAGGAUGCGUCGUUCGCCUCUUUCAUGGAACAGAACAUGCAGUCGCCCACGGGGAAGUCCGAAUCCGAAAACAGCAAAGACUCACCCCGGUCGAACAGAAGCGAUGGGGAGUUUUCCCCACACUCUCACUUUAGCGACUCGGAUGAGACUCACAUGGAGGUUCAGAGCGAAGAGGAACUGUCUGAACUGAAACUUCCAAGCCACCAAGCCUACUAACUCUUUAAAACAAACUGUACUUAAGUUGUGUCAAUCAAAUGUGGAGUUGGCAUAAACAUUCCGAUAGUUUGCUCUAUGACAGCUGAUAUGAUGGUGUAUCAGAUUUCUAGUAUAUGGUCUUGAGAUGUUAUUUUUCAUAGGUAUUGUUCCGCCAAUAGAAUGUUACGCGCCUCUUGGUGACAUUGAUAGGACCCCUCUGCCAUGUCGACUGCCACGGGCUCUCAAAUGUCAUUCAAAACAUGUCUUCCAAGAAAAAAACGAAGCCUGAUUUUGCCUUUGUAUACAUGUAAUUAUGCCUAGAAUACUGAAUUCAUUAAGAUGAUUUUGUCUUGAUUUUGUCCCUGUAAGAAUUUGCUUGCAACUUCUAAAGGUUAUGUGCACUUUAAAAACGAGCCAGAGGCUUGAGAGAUAUGCGUUUGUCAUGGAACAAAUAGCGUCUCAAUGUAAGUAGUAGACUACUGCCAAUUUGAUACACAUAUUUAAAAUAGCCAUUAGUCUUUUUGUACAUUUGUUUGUUUUUGAACAUUACAUUUCAGGCGAAAUUGUAUUUUGCUUUGAUUUGAAGGAGGUGAUUUAAGUAUUUAUUGUCGAAGGUCUUGUUUGUUUUGCUUUUCUAAUGAGAUGUUACACUGCUGAAAUCUAGAAAUUUGCCAUUUGGUAACGUUUUCAUUGAUUUUGAAAAUAAAAAUAAUUCA